AUGACCAGAGAUAAAGCAAUGUUCUUAUCCCUUCAACCUAAAGAAGGAGGUUAUGUAACAUUUGGAGAUAAUAGCAAAGGGAAGAUCAUUGGCACAGGUAGUAUUGGUAAAGCUCACUCUCCAGUUAUCGAGAAUGUCUUGCUAGUUGAAGGUCAUAGACAUGAAAAUGUGUAUGUGUUUGAUUUGCAUAAUUUAUCUUCCUGCUAUGAUGUUAAGUGUCUAUCUGCUAUUACUGAAUCUGAUUUUUGGAAUUUGGUUUGUCAAGUCAUGAUUGAUGCCCACAAAAGAAACAACCAAGCCCUACCCUAUGGAAUGAUCUUCACCAAGAUCUUUAAACAUUUCAAAAUUAACCUCAAAUGUGAAAACAAAAUCCGUAGAGACUCUGCUGUUUAUGGCUUAAUAACUCUUAGUCACAUAGGUUAUUAUUUGAUUGACAAUGUUUGGACCAAAACUAAAAAACCUGUCACUGCUCCACCAACUCUUGAUCCAUCUUUCUCCACUGAUCCUAACCUUCCAAGUUCUUCACCUAUGUCUCUCUCCACCCCUGGUCCUUUCUCUUCUGUUACACUUCAUGAUAUUUUCUCUCUUUCCACAAAAGUUGAUCAUCUAGACUCCUUGGUUCAAGGACCACUUUUGGUAGGGAUUGUUGAACUGAACUCCAAGCUUAAUAACCUUAAUCUUAAUUCCCAAUCUGCACCAGUGUCAAAUAUGCCAUCAUCUUCUCAGUCUGCCUCUAUUCCACCUUCAUCUGAUCUGGCACAAAAGAUUGAUCAAUUGGCUUCUAUGGUUCAACAAAUUCAUUCUGGCAAUGGACAUGCAACAAGAAAUUGA